GUGAAGUGAGUGAGUAAUUUUCAGCAUAUCAGCUGUGUUGUUAUCUGAAUCGGAUCAAUUUCAAUUCACAGAUCAUCAAUCAAAAUCAUAAUAACAAAAACAAACGAAACAAGAUUAUCAAGAAAAGAACAUCAUACUUGUGUAAGACAACUAAGUAAAAGUAAAGAUGUGUUUAUUGUUUAUUGGAUUUUAACCUGAAUUAAUUAUCUUGCAAUUUUUAUUUUUAGACUUGAUAAACUUAUUGCGUCAUUCAUUACAUGUCAGCAUUGACUAUCGCAUACAGAAGUUGUUGUAUUAACAGUCAAAGAUCUCAAGUCAGUAUUAGGCCUAUUUGUUAUUGAACUAAAACUAGGCUAUUAGGACUUCCUACUUAUGUAUGUCUAAACUAAGUGUUUAGAACUUGCAUCACACUUGAACUGUGAAUCCAAAGGAUGGCAGUUAGUCCUGUUCCAUUGUCACAUAUCAGCGUUGAAGAUAAUGAUCGAACUUGCUGGAUCUGUUUUGCAACAGAUGAAGAUGGUCCUGCUUUUAAAUGGGUGCAUCCCUGUGGUUGCAAGGGUUCUGGAAAAUGGGUUCAUGAAAGCUGUCUACUUCUAUGGGUUGACGAGAAGAAAAAAGAUUUUUUCAGUGCAAAAUUAGCAUGUCCUCAAUGUAAAGUGGAGUUUGUUAUCAUUUCCCCUAAACCUGAUGUGCUAAUGAAACUGAUGCAGACGAUGGAUAGGUUUGUCGAGGUUGUAUGUCCAAUCUCAACUGCCCUGGCCUCCGUGUGGAUGAUCUGUUGGAGUGCAUCUGGUUAUGGGGCUUUCACUAUUAUGCAGAUUUUUGGAGAAGAAGAAGGCUUGUGUUUGUUAGAGAGUGUGGAACCAUUAAUUCUUUUAGUGCUUUUACCUUGCAUCCCAACUUCUUUGAUAUUAAUGAAAAUGAUCCCGUGGGAACAUUAUUUACUGGCUUUUCUUCGUAGAAGAUCAAAUUUACCACUUCUAAAACACAUCCUGCCCUCUGUCGUGUACCACAAUGUCAAUGGCAGGAUGGUCCCCAUUGAGCCUGAAGGAAUCAAACGGGAAUAUACUCGGAUAUUUGUUGAAGCCCUUGCCCUCCCUACCAUUGCCAAACUAGUUGGUGAUCUCUUAUUCCACAAAGAAAAAUCUUGCCUGAAGAGAUGCUUAUUGGGAGGCCUUACUUUUGUUACCAUUAAAGGAGUGUUGAGUAUGUACAACUCUCAUAGGACAUAUGUCCAACGAAGCCAGAGAAGGGUUGAGAAUAAAUGUUUAUAAUAUGUUAAUUGGACGUAAACCCCAGCAAAACACAAGAAAAAUAGAGUCUAAGAUUUUUUCACAAUGUAAAUAAUUAUUGUACAUUACCUUGCUGUAUAAAUAAACUUAUUACUUUUUAUAUCACAA